CACUGCACAGUGUACGGUUGCCACGGGCGACAGGAAAAGGCUACAGCGUCCGUGCUACAGCUUGAGGGAAAACCCAACAAAACACUUGCCACACACUAGAGGAUUCAAAAGGAGACCAUGUUUAUCUACCUCAGCAAGAAGAUUGCCAUUCCCAACAGUAUUCACUUGAAAUGUGUCUCUUGGAACAAAGAUCAGGGCUUUAUUGCCUGUGGAGGGGAUGAUGGCCUCUUAAAAGUGCUCAAACUUGAAACUCAAACAGACGAUGCCAAACUUAAGGGACUUGCUGCACCCAGUAAUUUGUCAAUGAACCAGACUUUGGGAGGGCACAGUGGUGCUGUACAAGUAGUCACUUGGAACGAACAGUACGAAAAACUAACAACCAGUGACCAGAAUGGACUCAUCAUUGUAUGGAUGCUGUACAAAGGUGCAUGGUACGAGGAAAUGAUCAAUAAUCGGAAUAAAUCGGUGGUGAGGAGUAUGAGUUGGAAUGCUGACGGUCAAAAGAUCUGCAUUGUGUAUGAAGAUGGGGCAGUCAUUGUUGGAUCUGUAGACGGUAACCGGAUUUGGGGAAAGGAGCUGAAGGGAAAUCAGCUUGGGCAUGUGGCAUGGUCUCCAGACAGCAAGGUCUUGCUCUUUGGCAUGGCCAACGGGGAAGUUCAAAUCUUUGACAACCAUGGCAAUUUCAUAAUGAAACUGACCAUCAGCUGCCUGACUAACGUGACAGGAGCCAUUAGGAUAGCAGGUAUCCACUGGUACUCAGGAACAGGCGGUUACGUAGAACCCGACUGCCCGUGUCUGGCUAUCUGUUUUCAAAAUGGAAGAUGUCAGAUUAUGCGCUACGAGACGGAUGAAAACCCUGUGUGUAUCGACACCACGAUGAACGUGGUCAGCAUUCAGUGGAACCAUUGCGGUAGUGUGCUGGCAGUGGCCGGUUCCCUCAGAGCUUUGAACUCAGACGUGGAAAUCAACGUGGUGCAGUUUUAUACACCUUUCGGAGAGCACCUGAGAACCUUGAAAGUGCCUGGGAAGCAGAUGACAGGAGUCGCUUGGGAAGGAGGAGGCCUGCGGAUCAGCCUGGCUGUCGAUUCCUACAUCUAUUUUGCAAAUAUCAGACCGGAUUACAAGUGGGGCUAUUGUUGCAGCACAGUAGUCUAUGCCUUCACAAAGCCCGAGCGUCAAGAUUAUUGCGUGGUUUUCUGGGACACCAAAAACAAUGAAAAAUGUGUCAAGUAUGUCAAGAGCCUCAUGUCCAUCACCACAUCAGGGGACUUCUGCACCCUGGCCAGCAAGGCUGAUGACACCCAAGUGCAGGGAAACGCUGAGUCAGACGGCGAGAGUCAUGCAAAGUAUGUCCUUAUUCUUUGCAACUCGAUCGGGACUCCGUUGGACUCAAAGUACAUCGAUAUAUGUCCAUUGUUUGUGACCAUGACCAGGACACAUGUGAUCGCUGCAUCUAAAGAGGCUUUCUACUUGUGGCAAUACAGAGUAGCCAAUAAAUUAACUGCCUUGGAGAUCAACCAAGUAACCCGAACUAAGAAAGAGGGAAGGGAAAGACUGUAUCACAUUGACAGCAGUCCAACUGGAGUCAAUGAUAAUGGAGAGGACUUUGCAAAAGCCUUCGCAGCAACGAGAGAUCCCAUAUGUUGCAUCGCAGCAACGGAUAAUACUUUGAUGAUGGGCCGCGAAUCAGGUCUUAUCCACAGAUAUAGCCUGCCAAAUGUUGUUCUCAUCCAGAAAUACACCAUGAACAGAGCCCAUCAUCUUUCUUUAAACUGCAACUCCAGUCGGCUGGCCGUUAUUGACAUCUCAGGCGUGCUAACUUUGCUGGACGUGGAGAGUCACGCGUCCUCAGGCGAUGCCCCGGGCAAUCCGGUCUCAGCUGGGGAGCCAUCAAAGCUCGAACGCAAAGAUGUUUGGGAUAUGAAGUGGGCAAAGGACAACCCUGAUCUCUUUGCCAUGAUGGAAAAGACCAGGAUGUAUGUCUUCCGGAAUUUAGACCCAGAGGAACCCAUCCAAACAUCUGGAUACAUCUGCAGCUUCGAGGACCUGGAAAUCAAAUCUGUCCUGCUUGACGAAAUCAUGAAGGACCCAGAGAGACCCAAUAAAGACAAUCUCAUCAACUUUGAAAUCCGUUCUUUGAGAGACAGCCGCGCUCUCAUCGAGAAAGUGGGAAUCACGGAUGCUUCGCAGUUCAUUGAGGAUAAUCCACACCCAAGACUCUGGCGUCUGCUGGCUGAGGCGGCGCUCCACCAACUGGACUUGAAGACGGCCGAGCAGGCAUUCGUCCGCUGCAAAGACAACCAGGGCAUUGAGUUUGUCAAGCGGCUGGCCAACCUACAGAGUGAGCCCAUGAAACAGGCCGAGGUGGCGGCUUACUUCAGCAGCUUCGAGGAAGCCGAGCGCAUGUAUUUGGACAUGGACCGCAGGGACCUCGCUAUUAGUCUUCGGAUGAAAUUGGGAGACUGGUUCAGAGUGCUCCAGCUGCUUAAAACUGGCUCCGGGGACUGUGAUGACGCUCUCCUGGAGCAGGCCUACAAUGCAAUCGGAGACUACUUUGCUGACAGACAAAAGUGGGUCAACGCAGUGCAGUACUACGUUCAAGGGCGCCACCAGGAGAAGUUAGCAGAAUGCUACUACAUGUUGGAGGACUAUGAGAACCUUGAGAAGUUGACCAAUUCGCUCCCCGAAAAUCAUAAGCUUUUGCCGGAGAUUGGCCAGAUGUUUACCACCGUGGGCAUGUGUGAACAAGCCGUGAAGGCUUACCUUAAAUGCAACCAGGCCAAGGCUGCUGUUGACACGUGUGUCCAUCUGAACCAGUGGAACAAAGCAGUGGAACUUGCCAGAAACCAUAACAUGAGGGAGAUUAAACCUCUUCUGUCCAAAUACGCUUCACAUCUUCUCGAGAAGAACAAAAUACUAGAGGCAGUAGAAUUGUAUCAGAAGGCUCACCAUUUUCUGGAUGCAGCCAAACUCAUGUUUAAGAUAGCAGAUGAGGAGGCCAAGAAAAGGAGUCGCCCGCUGCGGGUGAAGAAGCUGUACGUGCUGGCUGCUCGGCUGGUAGAAAACCAUCAAGAGCAAAAGAAGACGUCGCAACAGAGUAAAGCGAAGGGCAAGAAGUCAGAGGCAACAUUUGCACUCGCCGGACUCCUCGAGGAAGACACCACGUCUUCGGACAAUCGCGUCCUCGACAACGCGUGGCGAGGAGCCGAGGCCUAUCACUUUUUCUUGCUCGCUCAGAGGCAACUGUACGAAGGCUACACGGAGAAUGCCAUGCACACAGCCCUUCAUCUCCGCGAAUAUGAGGACAUCAUCCCUGCGGUGGAGAUCUACUCCCUCCUCGCCAUCUGCUCAUCGGCCAGCCGGGCCUUCGGGACGUGCUCGCAGGCCUUCAUCAAGCUGGAGGCCUUGGAGAGCGUGGAGCCGGAGCAGCGGCUGCUCUAUGAGGACUUGGCCUUGGAGAUCUUCACCAAGCACGUGCCAAAAGACAGCCGCGGGCUGGAGCUCGACGCGGAAGGGACGUCCGAAAAGUUACCCACCUGCAUAGUGAGCGGUCUUCCUAUUCAGGACCGGCAGUUGUGGAUGUGCAGUGUGUGCAAGCACUGUGCUCAAAGCAACGAGAUCAGCAAAUAUAACUACUGCCCGCUUUGUCACUCCAGUGUGGGCUGAAGCUUUUGUCACAACCUCAAUUGACAUUUAUUAUUUUCUUAAAUACAUGACUGUAUAUACUAUUAUAGCUCUUUUAUAUAAAAACGAAAUGAUCAGACAAA